AUGUAUGAUCUGUUUAUUGAAAAAAUUAGUCAAUCAUGUAAUGCUUUUAUUCCAAUAAUUGACGUAAAUUCAAGAAAGAAAGAAAAAAAUAAUCCAUGGUUUACUGAUGAAGUAAGUCUUCUAGUACGUUCAAAACAAAAUUUGCGUUAUCAAAAUUUAUCAUCGAACUGGAAAGAUUUGAAUAAAGUAAUGAAAUAUAAAAAUAUUUGCAAAACUGUGAAAAUAGAAUCGAGUAAAGCAAGUUGUUACUAUGAAAAUGAUCUUGUUGAAAAAUCAAAGGUAAAUCCGAAACUGCUAUAUAAAUAUGUGAAUAGUCAAAAAACGAUUAAACAAGUAAUUAAAGCAUUGAGAGAUCAAACUGGUUGCGUAACAAAUGAUCAAAAUGAAAUUGUUGAAAUUUUAAAUAAACAAUUUCAAGAUGUGUUUACCAUCGAAAAUUCUACAGAAGAGCUUCCACAAAUUGAGAAUUUAGGGGAUAUUAUUAUUGAUGCAGUUAAUAUAGAUUAUUUUGAUGUUUUAAUUAGAUUGAAAAAUGUUGAUAUCAAUAAAACAUAUGGAGUUGAUUUUAUACAUCCGUUGAUUUUGAAAAAUUGUGGGGAUUCUGUAGCAUUGCCAUUAACUUUAAUUUUUAUAGAAUCUUUUGUUAAAAGUGAACUACCAACUCAAUGGAGAGCAGCAAUUAUUACACCACUAUUCAAAAAGGGAGAUAAAUUAGAAGCUGCAAAUUAUAAACCAGUGUCAUUGACGUCAAUUACUUGUAAAAUUAUGGAAGGUAUAGUCAGAGACUGCAUACAAUCAUAUUUAAUAAAAUAUAAAUUAAUAUCGAAGUCACAACAUGGUUUUGUUAAAGGGAAGUCUUGUACAACAAACUUAUUAGAGGCGUUGGAUUAUAUUUCAUUUAAUUUAUCGAUUGGUAUUUCGGUAGAUGAAGCACUUUUAGAUUUUGUUAAAGCUUUUGAUUCUGUUGCUCACAAAAGAUUAUUGAUCUUCAUAUGGAAUUAG